AUGCGCCUGGAGCCUGCCCUGAGCCGGACCCCUGGGCGCUGCGAUGUGGCCACCAUGGCCGGUGCGAGGGGUGUCCAAGCCCCGGUCAGCCGCCGCGUGGCCCCGCCCUACGCGCGGGCCGCAGCCGCCGUCGAGCGUAGCAGCUUGUCGGACUUUUUCUCGUUAGUUUUAUGUGAAACCCGGGGCCCGUCGCGCCGAGGGAGUCCCGAGCUUCGUGCUGACCUUGGCCGCCCCGUGUGUCCAGGCACUGGCGUCCAGUGGCGAGACCUCCUGAGCCCGGUCAGCGUGGACGACGACUUCGCCUUCGGGCAGGCGCUGGGCAUGCUGCUGCUGGACGCCGUGCUGUACGGCCUGGUGACCUGGUACAUGGAGGCCGUCUUCCCCGGGCAGCUCGGCGUGCCCCGGCCCUGGUACUUCUUUGUCACGCCCUCCUACUGGUGCGGGGCCCCAGGCACGCUGCAGGGGAGAGAGGGGGUCGACGUGGACCCAGAGAAGGUGCUCAGGUCGGAGUACUUUGAGGCUGAGCCUGAGGACCUGGUGGCCGGGAUCAAGAUCAAGCACUUGUCCAAGGUGUACGGGGCCGGGAGCAAGCGCACCGUGGCCGUGGGAGACCUGAGCCUGAGCCUGUACGAGGGGCAGAUCACGGUGCUGCUGGGCCACAACGGCGCGGGCAAGACCACCACCCUGUCCAUGCUCACAGGCCUCUUCCCCCCCAGCAGCGGGCGGGCGUACAUCAGCGGCUGGGAGAUUUCCCAAGACAUGGACCAGAUCCGGAAGAGCCUGGGCCUGUGCCCGCAGCACGACAUCCUGUUUGACAACCUGACGGUGGCCGAGCACCUGUCCUUCUACGCACAGCUGAAGGGUCUGUCGGCCCAGAAGUGCCCCGAGGAAACCAAGCAGAUGCUGGCGGUGCUGGGCCUCGAGGACAAGCGGGAUGUCCGCAGCCGGCUCCUGAGCGGGGGCGUGAAGCGCCGGCUGUCCCUCGGCAUCGCGCUGGUGGCGGGCUCCAAGGUGCUGAUGCUGGACGAGCCCACCGCGGGCAUGGACGCCGUCUCCAGGAGGGCCAUCUGGGACCUCCUGCAGCAGCAGAAGAGGGGCCGCACGGUGCUGCUGACCACCCACUUCAUGGACGAGGCAGACCUGCUGGGGGAUCGCAUCGCCAUCAUGGCCCAGGGGACGCUGCAGUGCUGCGGGUCGCCACUGUUCCUCAAGCAGAAAUACGGCGCAGGCUACCACAUGACCCUGGUGAAGGAGCCGCACUGCAGCCCCGAGGCCGUGUCCCAGCUGGUCUGCCGCCACAUCCCCAACGCCAGGCUGGAGAGCAGCGCGGGCGCGGAGCUGAGCUACGUGCUGCCCAAGGAGAGCACUCCCAGGUUUGAAGGCCUUUUCACGCAGCUGGAGACGCAGCAGAAGGAGCUGGGCAUCGCCAGCUUCGGGGCCUCGGUCACCACCAUGGAGGAGGUCUUCCUGCGGGUCGGCAAGCUGGUGGACACCAGCAUGGAUCUCCAGGCCAUCCAGCUGCCCGCCCUGCAGUACCAGCACGAGCGGCGGGCGAGCGACUGGGCCCUGGACGGCCACCUGUGCGGCGUGCUGGACCCAACUGGGGGCGUCGGCGCCCUGGUCGAGGACGAGUGGGGCGCCGCGCGGCUCAACACCGGGCCCGCCCUGCGCUGCCAGCAGUUCUGGGCCAUGCUCCUGAAGAAGGCCACGUACAGCUGGCGCGAGUGGAAGCUGGUGGCGGCCCAGGUCGUGGUCCCGCUCACCUGCGUCACCCUGGCCCUGCUGGCCGUCAACUACUCCUCCGAGGUCUUCGACGACCCCCCGCUGAGGCUGAGCCUGGCCGAGUACGGCAGGACCGUGGUGCCCUUCUCCGCGGCGGGGGCCUCGGGCCUGGGCCACCAGCUCUCUGAGCGCUUCAAGGACCUGCUGCAGGCUGCGGGCCAGGAGCCCAGCGAGGUGCUGGGUGACCUGGAAGAGUUCCUGAUUUUCAGGGCCUCCAUGGAGGGGGGCGGCUUUAACGAGCGCUACCUGGUGGCGGUGUCCUUCAGAGACGUGGGCAAUCAGACAGCCGUCACUGCCCUGUUCAACAACCAGGCCUACCACUCGCCGGCCACCGCGCUGGCCCUCGUGGACAACCUUCUCUUCAAGCUGCUGUGCGGCCCUCAGGCCUCCAUCACCGUCUCCAACUACCCCCAGCCCCGGAGCGACCUGCAGGCUGCCAAGGACCAGUUCAAUGAGGGCCGGAAGGGGUUUCACAUCGCCCUCAACUUGCUCUUCGCCAUGGCCUUACUGGCCAGCACGUUUUCCAUACUGGCGGUCAGAGAGAGGGCCGUCCAGGCCAAACACCUGCAGCUCGUCAGCGGGGUCCACGUGGCUGCCUUCUGGCUCUCCGCUCUGCUGUGGGACCUCAUCUCCUUCCUGGUCCCCAGCCUGUUGCUGCUGGCAUGUGGGCCUGGGCCCCCAACCCCGGGGAGGGCCCAGCGGUCUGGGGCAGCCGGAGGAGGCCUGGUGCAGCUGCCCCUGCCCACAGACAUCCGCUACCAGGAGAACUUCUACGCGUGGAGCGCCCCUGGGGUGGGCAGGUUCGUGGCCUCCAUGGCCGCCUCGGGGUUCGCCUACCUGGCCCUGCUCUUCCUCGUCGAGACCGAUGUGCUGUGGAGGCUCAAGACCUGCCUCUGUGCCUUUCGGAUGCGGCGGGCGCUGAUAGAAGUGUCCGCCCAGACGUCUGCACUCCCUGAGGACCAGGACGUGCUGGACGAGAAGACUCGGGUCCUGGCCCGCAGCCCGGGCCCCCUGCUGGACACGCCUCUGCUCAUCACGGAGCUCUCCAAGGUGUAUGAGCAGCGCAGGCCCCUGCUCGCCGUGGACAGGCUCUCCCUCGCGGUCCGGAAGGGCGAGUGCUUCGGCCUGCUGGGCUUCAACGGUGCCGGCAAGACCACCACUUUCAAAAUGCUGACGGGCGAGGAGGCCGUCACUUCCGGGGACGCCUUUAUCGGGGGCCACAGUGUCCGCUCUGACAUUGGGAAGGUGCGGCAGCGGAUGGGCUACUGCCCGCAGUUCGACGCCCUGCUGGACCACAUGACAGGCCGGGAGACGCUGGUCAUGUAUGCCCGGCUGCGGGGCGUCCCCGAGCGCCACCUGGACGCCUGCGUGGAGAACGCACUGCGGGGCCUGCUCCUGGAGCCCCAGGCCGGCAAGCUGGUCAGGACCUACAGCGGGGGUAACAAGCGGAAGCUGAGCACAGGCAUCGCCCUGCUGGGGGAGCCCGCCGUGGUCUUCCUGGACGAGCCGUCCACCGGCAUGGACCCCGUGGCCCGGCGCCUGCUCUGGGACACCGUGGCCCGCGCCCGGGAGUCGGGCAAGGCCAUCGUCAUCACCUCGCACAGCAUGGAGGAGUGCGAGGCCCUGUGCACCCGGCUGGCCAUCAUGGCGCGCGGCCAGUUCAAGUGCCUGGGCAGCCCGCAGCAUCUCAAGAGCAAGUUCGGCAGCGGCUACACCCUGCGGGCCCAGAUCCGAAGCGCCGGCCAGGACUUGCUGCAGGAGUUCAAGGCCUUCGCGGGCCUGACCUUCCCAGGCAGCGUCCUGGAAGAGGAGCACCAGGGGCUGCUGCGGUACCACCUGCCGGGGCGCGGCCUCAGCUGGGCCAAGGUGUUCGGCGUGCUGGAGAAGGCCAAGGAGAAGUACGGGGUGGCCGACUACGCCGUGAGCCAGACCUCGCUGGAGCAGGUCUUCCUGGGCUUCGCCCACCUGCAGCCGCCCGCGGAGGACGCGGGGCCGUGAGGCAGCGCCGCCCCGCCGCCCGCCCGACCUCCCGCCUGGUCACUGUCUUUGCGAUGGACACGUCCAGCGUCCAGGCCCAGCACCCGGAGCUGCCCGACCAAAGGUGCUGGCCGCUGCCGGAGCUGCGGGCGGAGGGCAGGGCCGCAGGGCCCGCGUGGCCAGGUGGUCUCCCUCGCACGCGAGAGGGAGUGCCCACACGGACGGCCCUGGGCCGAGCGGCGAGGCAGCGGCCCCGAGGCCCGGCCCUCACCGGCGCCUCCCUGGGGGUGCAGCGCAGACAGCGGCGUCCUGAAGCCCCUGCGCCCCAAAGCGUGGACCCGCGCCAGGCAGCGCCACCGGACCCGCGCCAGCUGCACCUCCCGCUUCGAGACAGGCCCUUCAGGAAGCCGCUGGCCAGAGGCCAGUCGGGGCCGGCAGGGUGGGCCCGCGGAGGCGAAGCGAGGGGCCGGCUCUGUCCAGAAAAUAAAGGCUGGCACGAG